ACUUUCCUCUGCCAAUUCAGUUUAUACAAGCCCUACAGGACGACGGACAAAAGUGGGCCUUUGUAAUGGGACUGUAUUUCUGUUAGCUAUUACAAUAUAUACAUGUAUAUAUAUAUAUAUUUCUAUUUUCGACUCAAGUCUUUUGCAGAGGCCAACUUUUACCUUGGAAUCGCUGGUGAAACGGAAAAAAGAAGUAAAAAUAUUUCUAAAAGAACAAAGACGGCUUGAGGGAAGAUGUCUUCUCGUCGCUCCACUGUCUUCACUUUUCUCGUCUCGGCGGUCUUCUGCUCUCUUCUUUCUCAGGUUUACGCUGUGAAUGAGCCUUACGAGCCGAGGAUCAAACUCCCAUCCUCGCCGUUUUCAGCAGCUAUCAAAGCACUCCAGAAGCAAAUUGGCUACGAGUUUGAGAGUGUUGGUCUUCUACGCCGUGCUAUGACCCAUCCCUCGUACUCAGAAGAGAAUAACAAGGCAUUGAGUAUUCUGGGGGUUCAUAUUAUUGAAACUGCAGUUUCUCUCCGCUACCUCGGGAAGGAUGUUGAUACUUCUGCAGGUGAUCUGAACCACCGGAUAUCAGAGAUUUCUGAGGUAGUUUCUUCAUGUGCUAAUGAUGGCAGGGGGUUGGGACUGGAGAAGGUGGUUAGAGUUUCUUCCAAGACGAAUUCAUCAAUUCCAGGAGUGGUUUGUGGUGCUUUUCGAGCAAUGGUUGGUGCCAUUGCUCUUGAUAGUGAGAAGUCUGAUGAUGCUGGACGUAUUUUCUGGACUCUUCAUCGGGAGGUUGGAAAAGCUACUGUGCUGUAAGUUGGGCUUCUGUCCAUAUCUGCUGCUAAAGAAUGCUUCUUUUAGUGGUGUUGUCUAGUUGUGAUCUUCUAUGUAGUGCCAAAGCAUGUUUCUUUGUUAUGUUGCAAUAGAUUGUGCUGGCUGUUUAUGCUAGAAGGAAAGUUGGUUGCUGUGGCAUGAGGCACUAUAGUAAUGUAAAUGAAUCAGUAUUAGAACCAAAUCGGUCAAUUAAGGGUGCUCUGUUAUGGUUUAUAUAAUCUAUGUUCUAUCAUGCCAUGGACUUAUCUUGAAUUUUUAAUAUCCAUCUUUGGCUUGAUGA